GCCUCCUGCCCGAGGGUCAGGGCAGCGAGGGCUUCGAUGGCGCCCACACACACCCCUGCAGGUGCUCUGGGAGGAGGGCGCCCCGGGAUCGCAGCAGAUGGGACUCGAAGGCCUGGAGCGGGAACUCGGGGCCUCCGCCGUGCCCCCUUCCGCCCCAACCCCGCGCAGGAACAAAGGCGGAGGUGGGACCCACAGGCGGACUGGCUCCGCGGGGCGGGACGGGGCGGAGCGGGCGCGCUGCCUCCUUAAAGCCGGGCUGCGGGCGUGGCGCGCGCUCCACUGGCGUCUGCUCCGGCUGCGCACCACACCUCUCUGCGGGCCUCGGUCUGCGCUCGGUGUCUGGGCGGGCACAAGUCUCCCACGCGCGGGCCCGGCAGCGGCGCCGCUUUCCCGCCGAGCAUGGGGCUGCCUCGGAGGGCAGGGGACCCGGCGGAGCUGCGCAAGAGCCUGAAGCCACUGCUGGAGAAGCGCCGCCGCGCGCGCAUCAACGAGAGCCUGAGCCAGCUCAAGGGCCUCAUCCUGUCGCUGCUGGGCAGGGAGAGCUCCCACUUCUCGAAGCUGGAGAAAGCGGACAUCCUGGAAAUGACCGUGCGCUUCCUGCAGGAGCUGCCUGCGUCCUCCUGCCCGACGGCAGCGCCCACGCCCUCCGACAGCUACCGCGAGGGCUACCGAGCCUGCCUGGCGCGCCUGGCCCGCGUGCUACACACCCGCCGUGUCCUGGAGCCCGCCGUGAGCGCUCGCCUGCUGGAGCACUUGCGCCGGAGGGCGGCCAGCGCCACCCCCGACGGCGGGCGCGCGGGGAACUCCUGCGGCCCGCCCGCGCCCUCCCCGCCGCCGGCGCCCUUGCCACCUGCGCCUCCUCGGGAUCCAGGCCUCUGGCGGCCCUGGUAGUCCCCUGGCCGGCCCACGGGACCCUGCUGACAGCGUGGGACCAGGAAUGCUGGACGGACUGAGGAAGCGCUUGGUGGCGGCUUUCCUUCCCACCACGGGGGACCAGCCUGCUACCUACAACCUGGCCAGACCCGGAUGUUUGUGAGCUGUGUGGCAGACUGACCUCCAUGGAGGCUCAGGAAAUAAGAGGAGAGGCCCACUCUCAGUCCCAACUUGGGGUGUCUGGGCUAGAGGUGAAGGGGCAGGUGGCUGCAGGGAGAAGAAAAAGCCUCCCACCCCAGUUGGUGGAAGGGUUCUAGAGCUGGGCCAGCCACUGCUGCCUGGGCAGCCCACACACCUGCCCCAGUGCUGGCACCAGCCCAAGGGCUGGGCCAGGAGCUCACCUGAGCCAGGUGCAGCAGUCUGCUCUGACUGGUCACCACCCUCCCAGCCCUGCUUGAACCUGCCUUCUCGCCAGCUCAGCUUGCUAACCUCUGGGCACACAGCAGCAAUGGCCUGAGGGGCUUUGAAGGCUGGGGAGCCAUGACCUCCACUCCUGGGCUCCCUGCCUAAAGCUUCCAAUUAUAGGGACAGGAUGCAGCUGGGGCUCUGUGUCCCUGGGGGUGGGGACUUCUUUAGGUAGUCUUGGGGAGGAUUUAUUUCCCCAAGCAUUAAGUUAACACCUGUGUACCACACACCAGGCCAGGUGGUCUUGGGGUGUGAAGAAGGGGUGGGACAAGAAUGAGGGUACCCUGUGGCCUUAAGGAAGCUUGCCACCUUGAAGGGCCCAGGUCCAGCACAGAGCUGGUGUGCCAGUGUGAGGUGAGCAGGUCCCAUGUCCUGGAGCAGCAGAAAUUCAAGGGGUGACACAGCAGGUUAAGGAACAGGAAUCCGCCUUUCUCAUCUUCUCUUUUGAACUGCUCUCUGCUACUGUCAGGACAGAUAACUGGAAGCAACUUGUUCUUAAGACUUUCCUUUCCUCCCCAUGGAAGCCAGAGAGCCUUCAAAGGUCCAGGGGUGGUGGUGGGGUGCUGUGGAGCCCAGGAGAAGGCCGGAGCAUCUGUGGCCCACUCUCAGUCAUGUUCCCAGCAUCUCGUGGGGAUUCGCUGAGCAUUUGUGGGAGGUUGCGAGUCCUCCCCCCGGUCUCCGGUCCAACAGCCUGUGCACUAGGACCAGGGCACUAGGAGCAAGAAGAUAGAGCUGAUGGGGGGGUCACUAAAUUGAGCUAUGCCACAUAAACCCAUGAUGACCAUGGCACUGAUUCUGGUGGCAGGAUGUGGGGAAGCGGUGGGCAUUACUGAAGAAGUCAAUGUGAAGACAGCAGGUGAGCCCCCAGCAAGGUGGGCUGUCCUACCGCCUGUCUGGGCCCAGCUGGCUGGACUGUAAGCUCCUGCGGGGCAGGGCUGGGGCUGAGUGUACCGCUCUGUCCCCAAGGAACUCGGCACGUGGUGGGUCCUCAAUAAACAUGGUGAGCCAACGAAA